UACUUCUCACCAUGAAACUUCUUGGAGCUCUGAUCCUGGUUUUGAGUUUGUCUGCAGCAUGUGGAUUAAAAUGCUACGUAUGUGCAUUCUCUGACCCUCACUCCUGCACUAAUGUCUUAACAUGUCCUACCGGUAUGGAUCGAUGUUUCAGCCUCACUACAAGCGGUACCGUCACUAAGGGCUGCCAAUUCCCUGACUUAUGUGUCAGUCCUAUGAGCUGCUGUGAAGGGAACUUGUGCAACAGUGCUAUACCAACUGGUCCCAGUGUUAUGUUUCUGCUGGUGUCUUCAGCCAUAAUCACCGUCUUCCUCUGAAGCUCUGGAACAACUCAUCUUAAUCAUGUUUUACUUUGUUCUUAACCAAAAUCUAUA